UCCACACCAAUGGCUGAGCUUUUGUCCCGCGAGAAGGAACUCUUCAAAAUUAACCAAGAGCUCAAUUUGCUGACACUCAGCCCUGCCGCCGAUGCCAUGUUCGCUGGAAAGAUGGGAACGGCUGCCACGACCGGAGUGGCAGUGCCGCGAUAUGCCACAUACCAGAAGCAGAAAGGUCCGAGCACAUUGCUUCGCAAAAAAGGAGGCAAUCAAAUUAUAGGUGGAUCUCAGCUCAAGACAAAGCCGAAAAGUCCACCAGCCUGUGGAGCCGCCACGGCUCGACCUGCUGUCACAUCUCCGUUGCCCGAGAAGAAUCUGCUGACCAAGUCUAGGACUCUAGAUUGGAAGCAGACCAAACACAUGGGAGCUCCAUCUUCGCCAAUAGCUCGACAUACGUCCAAGAACGCAACCUUUACGCGGGAGUCGAACAGCAAGACUGCCACUUUUGUCAAAUAUCGGAAUCCCCACUUCAGUGAAAGUCCCUCGCUGGACAUGCUCCUGCGGAACGAUGCGAACGAGGGAAAUAAAAAUGGGUCCCCCCCUCCAGUGGAGACAAUCCAGAAGCGAGAGAGCACUACUGUCGUCAAUGGAUUGGCUAAAAAACAGCUCACCCAAGAUAACUACAUCAAAUUCCUCAAAGCCAAGGUGGCUAUUCUGGAGGAGGACCAUGCCCAGCAUUCUGGCGAACUGGCCCGCCAAAAGGAGCAGCUCGAGAUGGCACUGGAAGGGCAGCGAAAGUCCGAAAACCAGCGGGAUCAAACUGCUUGCUCCAACAAACACCUAUCCGAGCAGCUCAUUCGUUCCGAGCGAGCUUGCGAGGAUUUGACUCGGCGCCAAAAGGAACGCCAGCAGGAGUUCAUCACUCAGCAACGUGAGCUGGAGCAGCUUAAGCGCGACGCCAAGGUGGCCAGGCAGACGAAUAUCAAUCUGGAGAGCCGUCUGGGCCGCGCCCAAGAGGAGGCUGAAGUCGCCCGCAAGACUCUUGCCCAGGUACGAGAGGAGCAACGUGACCAGGCGGAGGUGCAUCGUAAGGAGCUUAAAAAUCGGGACAGUCGUAUCCGGACGCUGAAGCGGCAGCGGGCCGAGCUGCUCAAUGCCUACAAGAAGCAACUCUACAUGAUCGACAACCUGAAGCGCCAGUCCUCCUGCAUGGAACAGUCGGCGGCAAUCGGUUUCGGCGAGAAGGAGUUCAACAAGGUGCUCGAAUGGAAUGCAAAGACCUGAAUUCAUAGACCGGCCAGCUCUUGACAUGUAUACUUAGCUAAGAAAUUAGUGUAAAUAAGUUGCUUCCAAUUACAUUCUAUGGUCCCGAAAGUACUAGUCCCAAA